CCCCUAACUACUAGUUCUACUUCCUGUGUCGCUUAGCUUUGCGUGCUACAGAAUAAACCUCCUUGAAUCACACAGACAGCGAAGAGAAGGUGUCCGCAUUGACUUGUAACGACACACUGAGGUCGUGUAGGUCAACCAGGAGAGUUUUGUUAGGGAUAAAUUGACAACAAGCUACAUUAAAACAAUACAAUUGCCAGGUCUAAGAGGUGGAUUUGGAGCUAGCAGUGCUAGCUAACAUAGACGCUAACUAGAAGUGUCAGUUAUCUAACUUAACAUCACAUUUAGUCCUUCAGCAGCUAGGUGACGUUGAAAGAGAGGAGAUGGACUUCCUUGCAGGAUGCAUAGGAGGUGCUGCUGGAGUCUUGGUUGGACACCCAUUUGACACAGUUAAGGUGAGGCUACAGGUCCAGAGUGUUGACAAGCCUCUGUACCGUGGGACCUUUCACUGCUUCCAGUCCAUCGUACGGCAGGAGUCGAUGUUUGGUUUAUACAAGGGCAUCGGAUCCCCUAUGAUGGGCCUUACAUUCAUCAAUGCUAUAGUAUUUGGUGUUCAGGGAAACACCAUGCGGCUGCUGGGCCACGACACCCCUAUGAACCAGUUCCUUGCUGGUGCAGCAGCAGGCGCCAUCCAGUGUGUCAUCUGCUGCCCCAUGGAGCUGGCUAAAACCCGUAUGCAAAUGCAGGGCACUGGGGAGAAGAAGUCUUCCAGGAAGCUGUACAAGAAUUCCCUGGACUGCUUGGCACGCAUCUACAACCGGGAGGGCCUGCGGGGCGUAAACAGAGGCAUGGUCACCACAUUCAUCCGCGAGACGCCUGGCUUCGGAGUGUAUUUCCUGGCCUAUGAUGUGCUGACGCGCAGCAUUGGCUGUGAGCCCAACGACCGCUACAUGAUCCCCAAGCUGCUGUUCGCCGGGGGCAUGGCCGGCAUCGCCUCCUGGCUCUCCACCUAUCCCGUGGACGUGAUCAAAUCGCGGUGGCAGGCGGACGGGGUGGGUGGAGUCAACCAGUACAGCGGCAUCGCCGACUGCGUGCGGCAGAGCGUCAGGAGAGAGGGCUACAUGGUGUUCACGCGAGGCCUCACCUCCACGCUGCUGCGAGCCUUCCCUGUAAAUGCAGCCACCUUCGCCACCGUCACCCUCAUCCUCCUGUACGCUCGGGGGGUGGAGGAGGGACCUAAAGACUGCGAGAUGCCUCAGCCGAGUCACCACGCACAGAUACAGCAGCAGGCCACCAGCCUGUGACAACACAGCGGGGGCUCACCCUCAACCUGGGCACUUUACAAGAGCAUGGAAAGACAAAAUACACGUACAAAACCUUUAUCACUGUCUGACUCAGUCUCACAUCAGACCCGUCAUUCCCAAGUUUGAGUCAAAAAUACCUGGUUUAUAUAAACUUGUUUGUACUUUCAUGUCAAAAAGGAAAAAAAACUGUAUUUAUUUUUAGCAAAAGUUUCAGGUUUGCCUCUGAAGAUGCAGACUUGUAAAGGGGAUGGUGUUACCUCUACUAAGAUGGGGAUCUAUGAGAUUUUUAACAGCAGCUUUUUUGGUAACAUUUCAUUUUACAGUUCCGCAAAUUUCAUGGUAAUUAGGUGAUAAUUAGCAAGUACCCUAUUUGAAAUUUCUUUGGAAUUACUGCCAAAUUAGCCCAAUAUUUAUCUCAGAAAUGAUCCAAAAUUACUUUAUUAUAAACAUUAUUUAAUAAUUAAAUGCUAAAAUAACAUAUAAUCGUUAAAAUAGGGCACUUAGGCUUGAGAAGCGGCUGUGCGCUGCUCUUCAUCGGACGUGGAAAA